AUGGCUCUCAAGCUGCUCUCACGUUCGCACAACACACACAGACAUGACAAAGCUUUCUCUACCGUUCCUUUCUGCUGUGCAGAUCUUCCCACUGUGUUUGCGUCAUCCGCCAAGAGCCCGUCACGCGAUGCCAUCCCCUGGCUCUUUCCCGAGACAGAUUUGCAGGGCUACAUCAUGGCGAUGUGUGACGACCAACUGGUACAGAGAGUCGACUAUUGCCUCUAUCGUGACGCAUUGGUGCGUCGGUUGGCCGAGGAGCUAGCCGUCGAUGCGUUAAAAGGGGGAGAGAAAGGGAAACAAGCAGCGGACUGUGUGAUUGAAAAGGCCGCCAGUCAAAUCGUUUGGCCGGGUAACGAUUGACUAAUUGUCGCCUGUGUCACUCUCUUUUGUGCGUCUGGUCGUGUAGAUGAGGACAUGGAGAUUCUUUCAGAGGUGCACGACAGCAAGAGGAACAUCGAUACAAUUCAAUACCGCCCCUCACCGAACUGGAUGGAAGUCAUCCCUGCCCGACCAGAGGAGAAAGCGUCAUCCACACUACCCGACGGGCACUUUGCAAAACUGCUUAACGAUGUCGCGGAGCGGACAAACAACACGGACGUCCAGCAGAUGUCGCUCGAGUCAUUCUACCUCGCUCUCCCGUAAACGGCUGAGGCAUCACAUGCAUUGCUCCGUCACUCUGUUCUUCUUGUUCUUGGUUCAGCUAUCACCGUGACCCACCCAGUGGGCAGUCGUCUCGCUGCACCGCCCGGCACCGCGGGAGCUUCCUGCGCGUGCAGAUACACAUGCAUGAAGGAUCGGCCGAUGGCACUCUCCCGCCUCAUGUGACAAUCACACCAUACUUUCGGAAGUAUCAGGAGCAGUUUGUCGCUGAGGGCUCGCCGGCGACGGAGCCGGUGGCGCUCACACGCCUCACAUGGCCUAGGGGGGGAAGGAGGAAUGGCGAGUGUGCUUCUACCGUGAGUCUGGAGGAGCGACGAUGAAGACACGGACAUUAAUGUGUGUGUCUUUAUCCACGAUCCCUUGUCCGCAGCGUAUUUGUGUGGCGGCGUGA